CCCACCAGUACCCGCUACACAGAACGGAUGGUGUCCGUCUCUCGACCUCUGCUGGCUUUCGCUGCUGCAAGGGCACAAGGUACAGCAGGGCGUCUUUUUUCCUUCGGGACGGCACGACAUUGCGCUGGCUUCAGCAGCCCGGUUGGGGAGGGCAAGCCACAGCAUGACUUCAAAGUGUUGAACCGUGACUUGGCGUAUUCGGGAUGGCGGAAGAUUGUGAAGAAGACGGUUCGUGUCGAGGACGAGAAAGACUACGUGUUCGAUGUUGUCCAUCAGGAGGAACCAUCGGUGGCAGUUUUUGUUUGGCACACCCAAACCAAUACUUUGACGCUGAUCAAGGAAUUCGCUCCCGGGCGUGAGGAGGUGGCGCACGGGGUUGUGGCUGGCAUGUACGAGAAGAACAAGCAUGACUCCCCCCUCCAGGCGGCCAAGUAUGAGCUUGAAGAGGAGGCUCAUCUGCUGGGUGGAACAUGGCACACGCUCUGUGAAGAUGAUGAAACCACGAUAAACGCUGACAAAUACAGCUCCAACGAGUUCUACUGUUGGCUGGUCGUCGAUCCUUACGUGACUCCGACUCCGAAGCCCAUGGACGACGAGGAGUUUAUCGAGAUCAGGAGAGGCGUAUCCAUGCAAGAGUGCAUGAGAAUGGUAGGAAGGGGUGAACUUUCGAUUGUGUCGAGUUUUGUUGUUCUUAUGGGCGCCCGAAAAUUGCGGCAACUAGGUCUGCUGGAGGGCGAUUUCUAGUCUACUGACCAACGGUCUAUCAUGCUAUUUGAGAGCGGAUGGUGGCUUCGAAGAAGUAGACAGACAGCGCACGGUUAUUUCGCUGGAGCCUUGUACAUAAACGAGCUUACAACCCCUCAACCCCUCAACUCGGGCCGCGCUGGAAAUGGAUCUUACGACCUUCACCAGGCCGUGGUUCCAUAUGGUGGUGUACCCCACAACUUGUUGCAAGCUUUGAUUGUGAACGGACAAAGUCAGAAGGUUCAACACAGUUGGGUGUC